AUGGCGGUGGCUAACCACCAUGAGAGAAGCAGUGACAGUAUGAAUAGACAUUUAGAUAGUAGCGGUAAGUACGUUAGGUACACAGCUGAGCAAGUUGAGGCUCUUGAGCGUGUCUACGCCGAGUGUCCUAAGCCUAGCUCUCUCCGGCGUCAGCAAUUGAUCCGUGAAUGUUCCAUUCUUGCUAAUAUCGAGCCUAAGCAGAUAAAAGUCUGGUUUCAGAACCGCAGGUGCCGAGAUAAGCAGAGGAAAGAGGCGUCCAGGCUUCAGAGCGUAAACCGGAAGCUUUCUGCCAUGAAUAAACUUUUGAUGGAGGAGAAUGAUAGGCUUCAGAAGCAGGUUUCUCAGCUUGUUUGCGAGAAUGGAUAUAUGAAGCAGCAGCUUACAACUGUUGUGACCGAUGCAAGCUGUGAUUCAGUGGUCACAACUCCUCAGCAUUCCCUUAGAGAUGCGAAUAGUCCUGCUGGAUUGCUCUCGAUCGCAGAGGAGACUUUGGCAGAGUUCCUAUCCAAGGCUACAGGAACUGCUGUUGAUUGGGUUCAGAUGCCUGGGAUGAAGCCUGGUCCGGAUUCGGUUGGCAUCUUUGCUAUUUCGCAAAGAUGUAGUGGAGUGGCAGCUCGAGCCUGUGGUCUUGUUAGUUUAGAACCUAUGAAGAUUGCAGAGAUCCUCAAAGAUCGGCCAUCUUGGUUCCGUGACUGUAGGAGCCUUGAAGUUUUCACUAUGUUCCCGGCCGGUAAUGGCGGCACAAUCGAGCUUGUGUAUAUGCAGACAUAUGCACCAACGACUCUGGCUCCUGCCCGCGAUUUCUGGACCCUGAGAUACACAACAAGCCUCGACAAUGGCAGUUUUGUGGUUUGUGAGAGGUCACUUUCUGGCUCUGGAGCUGGGCCUAACGCUGCUUCAGCUUCUCAGUUUGUGAGAGCAGAAAUGCUUUCUAGUGGGUAUUUAAUAAGACCUUGUGAUGGUGGAGGCUUGGAGUGUUCCGGAUGUGCUUCGACCCCUUUAUGA